AUGGCCAACAACACCUGGGUCCAGUGGCUCUCCGAGCGCACAAUAGACAACAUCGGCCUCCCAUCAACCAUCAUCCUCGGCACCCUCAGCAGCACCCUACUAACAUACUACCUGCACACCAAAUUCACCGAGCGCGUCCUAAACAACUUCCAGCGCCCCGAAAAAUGGAACCCAGACAACGAACUCGUCCUCCUAACAGGCGGCACCAGCGGAAUCGGCAAACAACUCGCCGCAGACCUCUCCGCCCACCACCUCCGCGUCAUAGUCCUCGACAUCUCAGCCCCAACCUACCCCCUCCCGCCCAACGUCUCAUUCUACCAAGCGGACAUCACGUCCUCAGCCGCCAUCGCACAGGUAGCCGCGCUCAUUCGCGCCGAGCACGGCCAACCCACCAUCCUGAUCAACAAUGCCGGCGUCUUCGGGCACGGCACUAUCCUGGAGAAAUCAGAGGACAAGAUCCGGCGCACGUUCGAGGUCAAUAACCUGGCGCAUUUCCUGAUGGCGAAGGAGUUCCUGCCGUACAUGGUUAGGGAGAAUCGCGGGCAUGUGGUUACGGUUGCGAGCGUGGCGAGUUUCGUGGCCGUGGGCGAGAUGGUGGACUAUUGUUGUUCGAAGGCUGGGGCGCUCGUGUUUCAUGAGGGCUUGCGGCAGGAGUUGAAGUUUUGGUAUAAUGCGCCGAAUGUGCGGACGAGUAUCAUUCACCCGCUGUGGGUUGGAACGCCCAUGAUCAAGGGGUUCACGGAUUACCAGCAGAGCUUUGGACAGCCGAUUAUGACGCCUGAGAUUGUGUCGGAGGCGAUCAUUGAUCAGAUUGUGUCGAGGCGGAGUGGUCAGGUUAUUUUGCCGAGGCAUUUUUCGUUGGCGGGAUCCAUUCGCGCUUGUCCGCUUUGGUUGCAGGAGUUUAUUCGGCCUGUGUUUUCGAAGAUUGUGCGGAAGGUGCGGAGUGUGCGGGACCCGGUGGUUGGGAAUGUCGUGGAUAAGUUACACUUGGAAUGUGGCGUUUAA